AUGGAGGUAGGCGGAAAGGGUAGAGGUUACAAGGUUGUGUGGAGUAUGUUGAAGGGUUGUGAUGAGUAUAUAAUAGCAGAGGUUGGGGUUUUGAUUCUUGGUGACAGGAAUGUUAGAAAGCAGGCAUUAAAACUAAAGUUCAAACAAACAGAUGUACAAUUAUACGAGGAAGAUAAAUGGCAGAGAGGAAGUGACUUACCUCGAGGUCGACAAAUAAGUGAAGUAGAAAGCCAGAGGGAAGCAUACGUUGUUGUGUUGUGGAUUGGUGUAGUAAGGUUGCAGCAUGGACUGAUCUUGGACAAUGUUGUUGGGAUGCUUUUUACUGUUUUGGUUUGGGCUGCUUGUAUAGUAGCUUGCUGUUAUGGUUGCAGCUUUGGACUGUUGUGA